AUGGCCUACCACCUCCACAUCACCAACAAGAACUACUCCUCCUGGUCCCUGCGCGCCUGGCUCCUCUUCCGCCAACUCGACAUCCCCUUCACCGAACACCUACACCCCCUCAUCUCAGGCACCUUCGCCCAGCCCCAAUGGCGCGCCUUCUCCCCCGUCGCCCACGUCCCCUGCCUGCACAUCCUUCCGGACACCACCACCACCAAUAACCCCAGCGAUACCAUCACCCCAAACCCACCUCCCCUCGUCGUCUGGGACUCCCUCGCCAUCACCGAGCACCUCGCCGAGUCCCACCCCACCAAACCCAUCUACCCCUCGCUCCCCGCCGCCCGCGCGUGGGCGCGCUCCGCCGUCGCCGAGAUGCACGCGGGCUUUGCCGCCAUCCGCCAGCAGCUGGGGUUCAACAUCGGGGUGCGGAUCGCGCUGGGGGAGGGGGUGUUUCCUGGGGUGGAAGGGGAGUAG